UGAGGCUCUGCAUUGAUGGUUGUCGAGGACGACUUGAGGCACGAACGAGAGAUCAAAGCCUUUAACAACUUAUUGGGCCACUAUAUUAGGCCUCAAUAAAGCCCAAAUAAAGUCGUUAACAAUAGGAAUUCCUUUUCUCCGUCUCCGGCCAUCUUCGCUAGCCCUAAGCCGCCUUCGUCGGCGCCAUGGGGAACACGGAGAAGCUGAUGAACCAGAUCUUUGAGCUCAAGUUCACCUCCAAGAGUCUGCAGAGGCAGGCGCGCAAGUGCGAGAAGGAGGAGAAGUCCGAGAAGCUCAAGGUGAAGAAGGCGAUCGAGAAGGGGAACAUGGACGGCGCCAGGAUCUACGCGGAGAAUGCCAUCCGGAAGCGCACGGAGCAGAUGAAUUACCUCCGACUCUCAUCCCGGCUUGACGCCGUGGUCGCACGGCUCGAUACGCAGGCCAAGAUGCAGGUCAUCGGGAAGUCGAUGGGGUCGAUCGUCAAGGCGCUUGACUCCUCCCUUGCCUCCGGAAACCUACAGAAGAUGUCCGAGACCAUGGACCAGUUCGAGCGCCAGUUCGUCAACAUGGAGGUCCAGGCUGAGUUCAUGGAGGGCGCCAUGGCUGGCUCUACCAGUCUCUCCACUCCCGAGUCAGAGGUCAACAGCCUCAUGCAGCAGGUUGCUGAUGACUACGGUCUUGAGGUUUCCGUAGGUCUCCCUCAAGCUGCGUCGCAUGCCAUCCCUUCUGCCAAGGAGAAGGAACCGGUGAAUGAGGACGAUCUUUCGAGGCGCUUGGCAGAGCUGAAGGCGAGGGGUUAGCUCCUCUCAAGGUGUCGGAGAAAUCUUGUUGAAACCACUAUAAGUGCAUCGUCUAUGCUAUUAUUCUUGGUGUCUGUCAAUAAUGCUUCAUAGCCGUGUAGCAUACAUGUGUAACAACAAUCAAUUAUCAAUUCCAUUACAUAUUUGAACUGGGAAAA